GACGCGCUGGGCCGGGCUGGAGGGCGUGGACCUUGGAGGCGUGGACCGCGUGCACGCAGGAGACCAGGAGCACGGCACUACUGAGCUGUCCCCGAGCCAAGGCAGCGAUCGGACCGUUACCAGUACCCCCUCCACAAGGCCGGCCGGAGCACACGGGCGGGUACAGGCGGACUUUUAGGAGGUUGAGGGGACCAUUUUAACGGUCUCAAGGAUCCGGUGACCGAGAAGUUGCGCUUCUGACAACGUUCUGUGAACGAGAGUCUCUUGAAAGCCGUGGUCAUCAUGGGCGUCCUGGGGCUGGAGAAGUACAUCAUGGCGUUGCGUCCGACUCCCUGCCCUCGUGUUAGCGUCGCUGCACUGGCAGAGAAGCAUAAGAAGGAGACGGGCUGUGACAGAGCCGUAGCCGUGGUGGAUGGCGGCUACCUAGUGUACCAGGAGGCGGCGGGCGGCGGUGAGGAGCUGUACGGCGGCCAGUUGAAGCAGCUCUCGGAGCGUUUGGUUGCGUUCGCCUCCCUCCUGCAAGGUGCGGGUGUGACGCCGGUGUUCUACUUCAAGGGGUCGCCGAGCAAGGGCCGCCUCGGCGUGUGGGGGAACCAGAAGCAGCAGAAGCAGGACCGCGUGCGUGCCGCCUACGCCAGCAUCGCGGGGUGGGGCGCAGCGCCGUCGAGGAACCAAGAGAACCAGUUACGCGGAGCCCGAUGUGGCCGCGGUACCAGAGGAGGUCGCGGUGCGGGAGGAGGCCGUGGAGGUCCAAAUUUCAAUUGCUUUCCAGUCGCGAUGCCCUCGGCCGCGUUUGCCUCUGCCAAGUUAGCUCUCAAGCAAGCUGGCUUCCAGGUACUGGUGUCCAUCGGCGAGCAGGACGUGGAGAUGGCGCGGUACUGUCGCCGCCACGAGUGCUUCGCGCUGCUGGCGCGCGACACGGACUUCGUCGCCAUGGACACGGCCCACUACUUCCUGUCCGUGGCGCACCUGCGCCCGGACUUGACCACGGUGCACUUCGACCGGGACGCCAUCGCCCGGCAGAUGGGGCUGCACGGCCGAGAGCAACUUCCCCUCCUCAUGGCGUUGCUGCCCAACGGCUGCGUCCCGGCCUCGUACCUCAUCCCACUGCACCUCCAGGCGGCGGGCCAGCCCCUGGCGUCGCUGAACCCAAAUAUGAAGUUCCCGCUGGAGGCCGUGGUCACCAGACUCUGCCAGCUGGUUCGCAACAGGCUGUGCGCCGUCUCCGCUGCGGACGCCGUGGUCAUGGUCCUGGACAAGUCCAUGUCCGAAUACCCUGCCUCGGUGAUGAGCGAGUUCGCGAGAGCGCUGGGCUUCGCGGGCAGCAUGGAGUUCCGCGAGGCGCUGAGGAAGCAACUGGCGGCCAGCCUGGAGGCGCACGACUACAGAGGCUCUCAAGGCGCCACGCUGCCGCCGCCCGGGACCGAGGACACGGUGCUGGAGCUGGCGCGUGCCCGCCACGCGGCGAUGCAGUUCGUGAUGCCCAACGUGCUGGUGCUGCUGGAGGGGCGCGUCUGGGAGGAGAGCUGCUCCCUGGAGGACCCCGCGCUGCCCGCGCGAUGCUGCUCCACCGAGGCGCUGCGGCCCUUCCGGCGCCGCCUGUACGGCGUGCUGCUGCACGAGCGGCGCGCCGAGCGCACCCACCGCCCCGUGCGCGAGUUCAUCGUGCCCAACAGCGGGGAAGGCGCUCUCCGGCCCGUGGAUGUCGUCCCCGCCGAGCUGGAUGAAGCUGCUGUGCACCACCCCGGCCUGCCGGCCUUGUGGUGUGGGAUGGUCAUGGAGGAGGCGCGGUGGCGGCUGCUGUCGUGGUGCCUGUGCCCGUCGCCACGACGAGGCACCGACCUCCUGAAUCGCCUGCGCGCCCUGCCGCGCCGCCACGCCCUGCUCGCCGCGGCGCUGUUCCUCCUGAGCCACUGCGGCGUCAUUGGGGCGUCCAUCCAGGCGUCUGUGGGCCCGUCCGCCAAGGAAUCCAUCUCCGUAAGAACCGCGUCGAGUGACGGUGAAGCGGCUGAGGCACCACCCGGCCAUGGAGCGGGCAUCGAGUACGAACCCCAUUCCGUGGAGCAAGUUGUUCGUCUGUUUGCCCGGACUUGCAUUCGUGUCGAGCGGCUGACAGCCUUCGAAAUAGAGCAGCUCACUCCGCCUCGGCCUCGACGCCUUGCAGUGCACCUGGCCGCGCUCUUCUUGCGGGCCUGCACGCACCUGCUCGUCCUGAAUGACGUCAUCGGGGCGGUGGUGCCGGUCGACGAGGUUCAACCUGCAAGCUUCUUCGAUGGUAAGGUGUUCCACUCUUUAUUGGCCGAGGACACUGCACGCGAGAGCGGCAAUGCUGACGAAGACGCCAUCGUGCUCGCCGUGUGCAGCGACUACCCCUGUGAUUCCUGCAGCCCUGUUGCUCCCGAUGACGCUGGCGGUGACGUCACGGCCCUGGCAGCGGCUUUUGCUCAGCAGCGCCUGUAGUCCGGUUCACCUGCAAGAAGCCAAUCCGCUGGUCUACUGUUACGCGACCUCUCCUCUGAAACGCGGCCAGAAGCCUUUCAAGAACACGUUGACGACAUUUGGCCGCAUUGACAGCCCUCGUGUUGCCGUCAAGCCCUUCUGCUUGUUCUCUAGUUUCAUCGAUGAUGAAGGAUGUGCAUGUCUUAUGCGCCCACUCGAAAAUUGCAAUAAAUAUUACUCCCAAAUAUGAA